AUGGAGGAAGCCGGGGAGGAGAGAAAGGAAGGAGGGGAGGGGGAGAGAGAGAAAGGAACAAUGGAGGAAGUCGGGGAGGAGAGAAAGGGAGGAGGGAGGGGAGAGAGAGAGAGAAAGGAACAAUGGAGGAAGACGGGGAGGAGGGGACGGAAGGAGUGGAGGGGGAGAGAGAUGCUGACGAAAGGACACAAAAUCAUGCUGACGUACAACACACAAAAUCGUGCUGACGAACGGUCACAAAAUCAUGCUGACACAUCCUUGGAAAGUUUAGAGGUAGAUGGACAGGAGAGAAAGGAAGAAUGUAGGAAGACGGGGAGGAGGGGACGGAAGGAGGAGGUGGGAAGUAACAAUGGAGGAAGCCGGGGAGGAGAGAAAGGAAGGAGGGGAGAGAGAGAGAGAGAGAGAAAGGAAGAAUGGGGAAACGGGGAGGAGGGGACGGAAGGAGGAGGGGGGGAGAUAGAGAAAGGAACAAUGGAGGAAGAUGGAGAUGAGAGAAAGGAAGGAGGGGAGGGGGAGAGAGAGAAAGGAACAAUUGGGGAAGUCAGGGAGGAGAGGACGGAAGGAGGGGAGGGGGGGAGAGAGAGAGAAAGGAACAAUGGAGGAAGCCGGGGAGGAAAGGACGGAAGGAGUGGAGGGGGGAGAGAGAGAAAGGAAGAAUGGGGGAAGCCGGGAGGAGAGAAAGGAAGGAGGGGAGAGAGAGAAAGGAAGAAUGGGGAAAGACGGGGAGGAGGGGACGGAAAGAGGAGGGGGGAGAUAGAGAAAGGAACAAUGGAGGAAGAUGGGGAUGAGAGAAAGGAAGGAGGGGAGGGGGAGAGAGAGAAAGGAACAAUGGAGAAAGCCGGGGAGGAGAGGACGGAAGGAGGGGAGGGGGGAGAGAGAGAGAGAAAGGAACAAUGGAGGAAGCCGGGGAGGAGGGGACGGAAGGAGGAGGGGGGAAAAGGAACAAUGGAGGAAGCUGGGGAGGACAGGAAGUACAUCACACAAAAUCAUGCUGACGUACAACACACAAAAUCGUGCUGA